GAAGGCAGCACAAACUCCUCCUCCGGGUGUCGGAGCGGGAAGUUCAGACCGUCGUCAUUAAAAACAAACAGCAGAUGGUUUUUAAAUGUAAUAAAUGCACUGACAAUCAUUCAACAACAUAAUCUAUUUUGAGGACUUUUAACUGUCUCUUUCAGUGACAACAGGAGAUCUCUGCAGUCAUGUCCAGUACCGCCGAGGAGAGGAGCUCCACGGCACCCACGUGGUUCGGACAGUGUACCUACACAGCUGAAGAGCAUGAGGCGGUGCACAGAGCUCUGCGACAGAAGCUGGGACCAGAGUACAUCAGCAGCAGAAUGGCAGGAGGAGGACAGAAGGUUUGCUAUAUUGAAGGGCAUCGCGUAAUCGGUCUGGCCAAUGAGAUGUUCGGAUACAACGGAUGGUCUCACUCCAUCUCUCAGCAGAAUGUCGACUUUAUAGACAUCAUCAACGGGAAGUUUUAUGUCGGAGUCAGUGCGUUUGUCAAAGUGCAGCUGAAGGACGGGUCGUUUCAUGAAGAUGUAGGCUACGGUGUCAGUGAAGGACUGAAGUCUAAAGCUCUGUCGCUGGAAAAGGCGAGAAAGGAAGCGGUCACAGAUGGCAUGAAGAGAGCCCUGAAAUGCUUCGGUAAUGCUCUUGGAAACUGCAUCCUGGAUAAAGAAUACCUCAUAGCCAUUAACAAGAUCCCCAAACAGCCCCGUCCUCCUCUAGAUCCGGCAAAGACUAAGCGCUCCGAGGGCGAGCCCACCGUGGAGAAGGCCCGGUACUCCAGUCUGGUCAGAGCGGGAAAGCUUGUAUCUGCGGUUGGUCCUGGCAGGAUGCCACUGGAGCCCAGAGUCCUCAACCACAACCAGAACUAUUCAGAGGUUCACACUCCUACUGCUGCUGACCCUGCUGACAGUAAGAGGGAAAACAAUGACUCCAGACCUGUCAUGGACUCUGUAGACACCGGCGGGUCUUUAUCGCACACAGACCCCAAACAGCUGAGAAAGCUCCGACAGCAGCAGCUUCAAGAGAAGUUCAGGAGAGAGAUGGAGACCAAGAGUCUGCAGCAGAAACCGGAUCAAGACAAGUCUGAGGACACAGAGGUCACUAUUGGACGAGGAGGAUCCAGCGGAGGUCUUGAAGAUGUACCUGCGCACAGUGACGGCACCUCAGCUGGACACAGGAAGCCCAGCAGCAGGGACGAACAUUUAGCAGAUGAUGCCGAGCUCUGGGAUUUCACUCUGGAUGGGACUGAUUUGCUGGAUGUCCCUGCAGGCGGCCCUCCCUCCAGAGCGCUCAUACCGAGCACGCCUGGGAAUCACAAGAUGCAGACGCGCAGUAAGACCCCUCUGAGGGGCCCCGGCAGACCUCCACAGGAGGCCCCUUCGUACAGUGAAGGACAGGACCAGGCUCAAUACAGACCUCAACAUCAGAACCAGUAUCAGGCCGGACCAGGUGAAGCCAUCAGUCCGUACAGACAAGGACAGUACAUGAAGAAACGCAGACUGGACACCUGAGAUUUUAUGUUGCCGUUCCAAAGCUUCCUUUAUAAAAUGUAUUUUACUUUUGUUCUAUUCUUUUUUUAUAGUGCUUUCAUUUAAGUUCUUUAAAAUGAAUUGCUGCUUAUUGAAUUGUUUGAGAAAUGUAUAUGGUUUUGUUAAAAAAAAAUUAAAA